AUAAGACAACUGUCGCCGCUGGAUCCUGGAACUGCGACAUCUCGAAGGGGCAGUGGGUUUCCGCGCCCCUUCAUCUCCCGCGUUACACGGGACUGUGUCCGUACAUCCGCUCUACUGAGAACUGCCAGAACCAGGGACGACCCGACCUACAAUUCCAGAAAUACAGAUGGGUGCCCGCAGGCUGCGCGUUGCAGCGCAUGACUCCGAAGAGCCUUUUAAAGAGCUUUAGCAACAAGCUGGUGCUCGUGUUUGGCGACAGCAUCUCAAAGAAUUUCGCCGGAUCCGUCGCGUGCGUGCUGUACGCCGCCUCGCCCGGCACCAUCCAGAAUUUCCGCAUCGCCAACGGCAACACCAAGGCGUACGGCGUCAGGGUUCCUCAUUUCAACACUCGGUUCGCGUCGGUCUUCUCCAAUUGGCUGAACCAGGCGAGCGGGCUGGGCGGCAGCAUGAAUCGCGUUGACCUUGAUAAGAUCGACCCGCAGAUCACAGACCUCCUGCCACUGGCCGACAUUGUCGUUUUCCAGGCCACCAACUGGUGGUUCCCGGCCAUCAACAAGUGGUACUUGGGCGGCAAGGAGCAAUCGCUGACCAAGGAGGCGGCUUACGAAAUCGGCCUCAAGACUCUGCGUGACUACGUGGUCAAGUCGGGCUUUAAGGGCCGCGCUGCCCUGCUGGGCGUGUCUCCUUCUCAUUACAAAGUCCCCGGGCUGAAGGAGGGGUCGUGCGAGACCAGCAAAAUGCUCACAGCGCAGCAGGUAAGACAUUGA